UAAUUUUUACAAACACGUGUUUUUUUAUCAUUUUAUUUGGAAAUUUAAUUAAUGGAUUCUUUCAGUAUUAUGUGCGAAAAGCAACAUCCCUCGAAUGAGAAAAGAUUGAAAACGAACAAGUUAUAAUAUAAGGAUUUUUCAAACCCUUCAAUUUUUCAGUGGCCAUCUUGUAUUAGAAAGGAAUACCAAUUGAAAUGCCAGGAAUGCCAAACGCCGCGUUUCGGUCAUUUCCGGUUACGUUCGGCAAAUUUCGGACAUCCAUUAUUCGUCAGUGGCACGCUGCCACGCAGUGUGAGCGUUACGUCGUUGUUUAGUGUUUUGUUUUCCGUCUUCCUUUUUUUUUUCAUUCGCUUUUUUUCAAUAAUUUUAUUCGAAUCGAAUAUAAAACCACGUUCGAUCGUAAGAUCGAAUUCGCAAUGACGCCACCAAUGGAAAGGAUACAAAUCCUCGAAACGAUCGAGAAGGAUAUUAUCGUGUGUCUGCAGAGUGCAGGCCAAGCUUUUGUGGAGCUCAGUAAAGAGAAAUCUAGCUUGAAACAAGCCGAAGCGCAGACUCAACAAUUUUUAAAGACAUUAGGACAUGUGGAAUCCAAGUUGAGCGAACAAAUCAAUUAUCUAACUCAAGUUUCUACAGGACAACCACACGAAGGUUCUGGAUAUGCUAGUCAAAAAGUGCUUCAAAUGGCAUGGCACAGAUUAGAACAUGCACGAAGCAGAGUAAACGAAUUAGAGCGUAUUAAAAAUAAACCAAGAUGAAUUCAUUAAAUGUUUUCUUUUCUAAAUGAUUAUUUUUAAUGUAAGGUGAUGAUAAUGUGAAUGUUUCGGUCAAAAAAAGUCUGGUUCGAAAACUUGGACUCUUGAAUCUAUAUAUGUGCUAUCAACACACUUCACGGUGGAUAUGUUCCUAACAAUAUUCAUGCGAACAAUAAUAAUAAUCAGAUUUCGCAUUUAAGACAAAUAAAACGUUCGACUGAUUUCAUAUAUAUAUGUAUAUAUAUA